GAGCUAAGAUGGCGGAGUAGGCGCGGGCUGCUGUGCUGAGCGCUCACUGUGCCGCGUCCCCGCCCCCGCGCAGGAGGCGGGUGGGUCCUUGUGCGGCAGUCCCUGGCGGCGCGAGGCGAAGCGGCGAGGAGGAGAGCUCCGCAGCCGCCAUCAUGCCCAAUAUCAAGAUCUUCAGCGGGAGCUCGCACCAGGACCUGUCCCAGAAGAUCGCCGACCGCCUCGGCCUGGAGCUGGGCAAGGUGGUCACGAAGAAGUUCAGCAACCAGGAGACAUGUGUGGAAAUAGGCGAGAGUGUACGUGGAGAGGAUGUCUACAUUGUGCAGAGUGGCUGUGGUGAAAUCAAUGACAAUCUGAUGGAGCUCCUUAUCAUGAUAAAUGCCUGUAAGAUUGCCUCAGCGAGCAGAGUCACAGCUGUCAUACCCUGCUUCCCUUAUGCUCGGCAGGACAAAAAGGACAAGAGUCGAGCUCCAAUCUCUGCCAAGCUGGUUGCAAACAUGCUGUCUGUGGCAGGUGCAGAUCAUAUAAUCACCAUGGACCUGCAUGCAUCUCAGAUUCAGGGUUUUUUUGAUAUCCCUGUUGAUAACUUAUAUGCUGAGCCUGCUGUACUAAAAUGGAUCAAAGAGAACAUUCCAGAGUGGAAGAACUGCACCAUUGUUUCACCAGAUGCAGGUGGAGCCAAGAGAGUGACCUCCAUUGCAGAUCGAUUGAAUGUAGACUUUGCCCUCAUUCACAAGGAGCGCAAGAAGGCCAAUGAAGUAGAUCGCAUGGUGCUGGUGGGUGAUGUGAAAGACAGAGUGGCCAUUCUGGUAGAUGAUAUGGCAGACACAUGUGGUACCAUCUGUCAUGCUGCGGACAAGCUUGUGUCAGCUGGAGCCACCAAAGUUUAUGCCAUCUUAACUCAUGGGAUCUUUUCUGGGCCAGCAAUUUCUCGGAUCAACAAUGCCUGUUUUGAGGCAGUUGUAGUCACAAAUACAAUACCCCAGGAGGACAAGAUGAAGCAGUGCCCUAAAAUCCAGGUGAGCAUCUACUUUCUCUUCUGUCACUCCUGGAGGGUGGUAGCAUUUGUCUGCCCUCUUGUUGGUGGGGAAAACCCCAUAAUACUGUCUAGUGCUUGCAGCAGUGUCAUUGGCACUGGAUUCAGUGGCAGUGUUGACUAAGUUCUCUUGUUCCUAUUGCUGUGGGAUAACAGACCUGUUACGAUGAUAAAAUGCACCUUCUAAUCCAGCUCCACAGUAACUUGUGAAAGACAAACAAAACCACUUUGCCAUCCAUAUGAAAGCUAAAAGCUGGUCUCUUGAUGGUCACUCUGUCUUGGAUUUUUCCAUUUAGGAAAAGUAUUGUGGCAUUUUGUUUCCCAAGCUGAAGCUGACUUUCCUGGAAGGAAAAAAAAUUGGCUGUACAACUUGAGCUAGGCAGAACUUGAGGAUUUCCUGUGUUAAUGGACAGCUGGAAGCUGCAAGCUUUACCUAAGCAUUCAGGUAUAAUAGGUCCAUCAGAAGCUUCAGGUACUGCUAUAGCAUACACACAGCCAAGGACAUCCUAAAUACUAGGUUCGCAGCACAGAUAUAUAGGACACAGGCAUUUGGAGAAGUUCUGGAAAGUGUGUUAUGAGUGUAGCAGGUUCCCUGGUACUGGGGUUCUGGUGAAAAGGAAGCUCAACUGGUUGAAGCUGCAGUGAAUUUUAAGCUGCUUUUGGAAGCAAGUUAAGCUGAUUGCAAACUGUUACUGAGUUGCAUUUUUUUUCAACACUAACUUCUGGAUGAUAUUCCUGCAACUGAGCACAUCUAAAAGAUGUCUGAUGCUUCAACUUCUUUCCAAGCCACACACUACAGUUAAUGUAGGCAAAAUGUUAAACUGGUAAUCAGUAUGUAAAUAGCUGUAGCCAAAGAUUGCAGUGGAGUAGUUUUUCAGGCUCUCACUUAACACCACACUCUUCUGCACUACAUAUCUGAUGUUGAGUGAGAAAUACAGAACUAAAGGAUUCGUCAUAAGUUUCACACUCUGCAGCUCUUAAUUUUUUUUCUUUCCUUCCUUAGGAGGCAAACUGUCUGGAAGAAAGAAAAUAUUUAAUAUGGAUUUCACUUAGUUUCCUUUAUGCACCAUGAACAUGGUGCUUCUUACUGAGACUACGCAUAUCGAAAUGCUUUAGCUGCUGGGAUUCAGAGCUAGAGUUUGAUUGAGAGGUGCUUUUCCCUCCUUUUAACUGGAUUACCCCACCAGGUGGAGCCAGCACAGCAACUGGGAGCUGAGUUGCAGCACAGUAGCUUCAUCUUUCUUAGUCUGCUGGCAGUGAUGGUAAAACCUCAUGACUCAAGGGAAGCAAUCUGAUCUUGAUUUAGUCUCCCGUAACUUCUCUGCAGCCUACACAAAGUGAAUAAGAUAGUCCUAGGGUAAACAAACUGAGCUUAGAGAGUCUCAGCAAAGAAAGAUGACAGUAGAGUGACAAAGAUCAAUAGCAAAAUAAUACUUCUAGUGCUAUAUGUAGAAUAUCUUCAGAAUUAUAUGUAAUUAAAUCCUAAUCCUGUGUAGAAGUCAUUUCUCUGCAUCUGGCAUGUUAUAAAUUUGGGUGAUGAGUUUACUCUUGAAGUUCUUCUGAACUUACCAACUGUUCUUCCAGGCUUGAUAUCUCUUCUCAGUGAUGUUGAUGCAUCUUUCUUCCCCUCCAGGUGAUUGACAUCUCAAUGAUCCUGGCAGAGGCCAUCAGGAGGACUCAUAAUGGGGAAUCUGUCUCCUACCUAUUCAGCCAUGUCCCUUUAUAACAACAGAUGCCAGCUGCUGCUUGUAUGGCUUUUUUUAAAACCAAAAGUUGUUCAGCUUGUUGUAAAGUUCAGUAGAAGACUCUGCUUGUUCCAGUGCAGUUCUCCACAGCUCCUCCUGCUUAAGUCAGGCUUACUGGCUCUGAUUUCAACACUGGGAGGCUGGGGGAGGGGGAAGCUCAUCUCUGUAACACUGAGACUCCAACAGCAGCCCUGUGCAUUGGGGCUCAUCAGUAGUAUUGACUCAAUUCUGCAGAUCUGUGGAGAGCGGGACUGACAUAUGGCUAAUUGCCACUAUUAUUUGGGGGUGGGGGGGAGGGUUUGUCUGUGGGCAGGGUUAAAUGACCUGGCAUGCGCACCCUAAAUUGUUUGAGAAGUAGAGCUCCCUAGGACAUGUUGAUCUGGAUCUACACCAAGAGCCUGAGAGACCGCUGGCUGUCUUACCACUCUAUACAUGACAGAAGCCCUUAAUGAGUGAUGAGGAAGUCUUGUAUCUUGGCCAAACUGGACCCUAGGUGAAGCCCUGGGGGACACCUGGGAGGUGUUCUGCUACAGCUUCCUUCCUAUCAAAGCAGAUCAGUGUAGCUUGCAAACUUGAAUUAAUCUUAAUUAUUGAUGAACUUAAAUGCCCUUUAGCAUGCUACACAGCAAAGUGAAGGUGAGAGCAUAGUCUGUGCAGUACUGCCUUGCUGUGUUAACUUUGUGAUGAAGGUGCAUCCUGGACAAGCAUUCCUCUCCCUUUUACGUAGAGGACUCAUGGUGGUUGUGUGCUUUAGUUUCUAGUGUAGGCUAAAACCAGUUCCUCAAUUUCACAGCUUACUGUUAGCCUUGCUGGCAAUUAGAGAACUGCUGUCAUGUACUAUAGCUGCACCUUGACUUGCUGUGCAAAUCCUUGAUCUUUUUUUACCAGUACACUAGUAAACUGAGCCUCUUUAUCCCAUAGUAGCUUGUUGCAUUUAGGAAGUGCCUGCUCAGAUGCUGGGGUAACCUAAUACACAACAGCUUUGUGUCCAGCUGUCUUAGCCUCUCAUUGCCUUCAAUACUAUUGUCCUGUAAGUUACUAACAUGUUCUGGUUGCUUGUCCUGGUCACUCUGCCUUGUCUUGAAAGUGUUGUUCCUUGCAAAAGAUCUUAACAAGGAGCAUAGGAGGUUGCAGGACCUGAGGAAGCCCUUGGAGUGGGUCUGAUGCUGUUAGUGAGUGCUUAUGGCAAUGGGUCAAAGAGGCUGGUGAUACAUAGUAUUGGGAAAGCUGUAGAUCUAACACCAACCUGACAGGCAAAGUGCCUGAAAGAAAUACCAAAACUGGAGCUUGCUGAGGCUCCCAAAUGUAAUAAGUAUCAUCUGAAACUUGAAUGCUUAGUAACUGUACCAGACAAUUGUAAGGUAAACUGGUAAGUCUCUUCUGGACUCUUACGGGGUUAUAGACCGAGCUGUUUUAUGCUCUGUUUUCAUAAGCACUCCUCUUUAUUUGUUUUUGAGCUGGAGGAAGGGAAAAAGAAGGAACUUGAAAUUACUUGCUAUAGUAACCAGCAUGGCUUUGAGAGACUAGGGACUGCAGUAUAAGUAGAAAUAACUGAAAGACUUGUUUAAGAUCUAGGGACAUACUUCUUUAGUUGUGCCUUUUACUGAAGACUUCUCUCCCUUCCUAAAACUCCUGUCCUGUGACAACAUCAAUACUGUUGGGUUUUUCUUUUUGUAUAAGAAUUGGUGUUUUUUUGGAAAGUGUGUGUCUCUUGCUUCUUUGCUUUGCAUCCUGCCACUGAGCUCUACCGAGAGUCUGAUUCCUGCCUCCUGUAUUGGAGCCCAUGCUGCCACACUGCCAAUGUCCUGAGAGCCAAGAGCCAGGACAUCAGAGCAGCCAUGUGAGGAUUUUCAGCAGCAUUUGUGUUUAAACUUAAGACCUGAUGAAGGAAUUAAACUUUUAUUUAAAAAAACAUGGCCUCUGCCUAUAAAUGCUUCUAAAAACUUUACAGAUGUGAUGUGCAUCUUCUGAGUUGGGUCACUUGCAAGGUGGAUCCAUGGAGUAAUGUUAUUUGGAAGGGAUGUUGGAAGGUCUUCUGGUUUAACCCUCUUGCAGCAGGACUGACUGUGAGGUUCAGCUUGGCUAUGCUCACAUUGCAUGGAAGAAAAAGCUUGGGACCAAGCUACUUAGUGGGUAGUAGCUUUUGUCUGUAUCUGAUUUCGACUUAAUUGUUAGAGGUGGUAGUGCAGCUUCUCUUAUACUGUUCAACUUAUGUAUCUGAGCAGAUCUGUUCACAUAAUGUUAAAAUAGCAGAAAACCUGAAUAGUUUAGCAAGUACAGAUGGAGAAUUGCAGUGUGUCUUGCACAAACUAAUGAUCACAUGCAGCAGGGUUAUGUCCUGAGAAGCACUUGUUCUAACUAAACCAUGAUCCUCUCUCAUUGUGUGUUGUAGACUGGAAAAAUAUAAAUUAAAUUAAGUCAGAAGUAUGAGACAGCAGGUCUAGAAAGGUCUUUGGCUUUACAGUGGGCUUCCAGGUGUAGAUUGAACAUUGCUUCAGGAAACAAGACCUCAGGUAGACUUUUGCUGAGGAUCACUACUGUCGUUCAUCUGCUAAAACACAUUUCAGUACUGGUAAAUGGAUAAGUGAACUAUUGUAUUUUUUCCUCAAAUAGCAGAGGGGUGAUAUGUGCCAUGUCAGGGUGCUGUAGCAGACUUCGCCUUCCUUAGAGAAGAAACAGAACAUGAGCUUGGCAGCCAAAAAUUUGUAUGAAGGUGACCAUUGCUAUUGGUGUGUAUAUACUGUUUUCUUUAAUAAAACCUAGAGGUUGGAGUGGGGGAGGGCACAGAUUUAAAAUGCUGUAUGACAGCACUGUACUUUUAAAAGGAUGAGUGAUACACAGGGUAUGAGAACUGUCCUAAGGAGGUAAAGCUCUUCUGCUCUGGAAACCUCCUUCAGAUCAGAAGGGCUGGACGCUUUACAAAAGUUUCCUUCCUAAAUUAAAAAAAAUACUUUCUAAUUAAUAAGCCUAUUUGUAGGCAGGUUGUGAGUGAAUGACCAGAAGUGACUGUUGCGCUAUUAGAGUAAGCAUGGCUGCCUCUAACACAUGCAUGUAGUAGAAUAAAAGUACUUUUCCCUGGCCAGUACAGCCAUGGAUGUAGUACCAGGCAGCCAUGGGAGGAAACCAGCCCCUGAGGUGUGAAUGGCAGGGUGUCAAGUUCCUCCAGUGUCCUCCAGGCUUGGGAGUAAUGCAGGGAUGCUCAUCCCUUAGCCCAGGCAAGUUCAGUUCCAGCAGCAUCAGUCAUGCUGUGAAGUGCUUGUGCUAUCUUGAGUUACCUGUGGUAGUGGAGGUGAUUCUCCAGCCUGUCUUGGAGAGAUGCUGGAGUGGGUACAGAGCAUGCAGGGUAGUCUGGAAGUGAAUUGUGCAGUGUCUUCUCAGACUGACUUCACAGCUACUGAAGAAAUACCAUAGAAAGCAAGUCAUUACUUCCCCAGGAGAAAAUCCCAAGCAAGUAAUUUACUGUGCUUUUGUAGUUGAAGUACUGGAAGAGCUGGACAGAGCUACAGUAGCUUGCUGUGCUACAGACACAGCUGGAACAUGGCUGCAGGUGUGCAGAUGCUGAUACUGGUGCCAGUAGCUGUCUUUGCCUGCUGUAAAAGCAGCAGCAAAAGGGAACUCCUCAAUUGAAAGUCCUGCAUCUUAGCCCAGCUCACCUGCCUGGGUAGCAGAAGCUAGUGUGCAGGAUGGGGAUUCCUUAAGCCUCUGUGAAAGCUGGGCUUCCCAUUGGUGCCUUGCAGGCAACAGGACUUGUCUGCCGUUUGGAGCAAGACAAGACAAAUCUCAAAUUGAUGUCAUCAGCUCUGUCCUGCUGCUUCUCCCUGUGCCUUACUAGUGUACAGAUUAUUUCCUUAUCUGGAGUUGGUGUUUCUGAUCUAGAGAAAGCAGCAGCUUGCCUUGCCUUGCUGCUGUUGGGCAAUGGGAAAGUAGUAAGGGUUAAUAAAGCCCUCCUCUAAACUGCAAGGAGCAGCAAAAUCCAUGGGAGCAAUGAGCCCUGGUGUAAGACACAAAGGCCUGAGUGUGCUGACUGCCUUCCUGGGGCUCUGCUUCGGCCCCAGUAGAAGGAAAGGGUCUUGGCAGGAGGCUGGGGUUAAAAAUGAGCAGGAAAGAGUAAACUGGCCCUGUGGAAUAGGGAAGACUGGCUCACAGCUAGGCAGUGGUGGCUGAAGGCUCAGGUUCUGGCUGGCUGCAGUGGUGCCCUGCAGGUGGGAGGGUCUGUAGGCAAGAGGCUGAACAAAUAUCUGAUCAGAUAGAGAAAACCUCCUGCCUCCUUCCUGGAGAAGAAAAUAAAGCGUUCCUGGAAAUGGCCAUCAGCAAGGUUGUAUCUGAGCCCUGACAGCCAUGUUCUUUGGGAGAUUUAAAAACUAAUUUAAAAUGGCUGGCAGUUCUCUAUUUCAGUUCAGGGCUGUUUUUGUUUUCUCCCAAUCUGUUGAUGUCUCAGUUCUUUUGUUACAAAUUAUUGAAAGCAGAAAUACCAAAAUGCAUGAGAAAUAAGCAGGUUGUGCAGUUAGGGGAGGCUUUGCAAAUUGGUCCGAGGAAAAAGCUUUUGCUGGGGUGUAAGCUCCUUGUUCUUUGUGCAAGAUGGGUUCUUUAAAAGCUCCCUAGCAGCAGCCCCACGCCUUGCCUGCUGGAAAUUCAGAGGGAUAGCUUUAAAGCCGCUCCAGCCAUGGUUUGCAGGAGUGUGGCAUUACCUGCAUGGCUGUGGCUGCCUCAGGGAAGGAGGAGCUCCCCUUCCGUGGCCUGUGUGGCCACCAUGAAGGUUUUGCGCCCAGACAAAGACUCCGGGGUUUGCAAAGCACUGUAACAGCAAGGAGAUGCAACAUGUCGCACAGGAGCUGUGCCUUGGCUGGGAUGGCUGCAGCUGAUGCUGGUGGAGGGCUGUGCACUGGGAGGAUGGGGGGGGACCAAGUCCUUUUGCACUUGCUGCCUGUUGGGGACAAAAGCUACAGCAGACCGUGUGGCAUCCACAAAGGAGAAGCAUGUGGAGAACAGGCAGGGAAAGGGGAAAGCUGGCGGGAAGGUGGGCACAGCUGGGGAGUAAACACAUGGUAGAACACUUGUCUGACUAUUUGCAUAAAGGCAAAAAGGAUUUCCUGCUUUCAUUUUGAAACUGGCUGUGGUUUAUGUUUCCUUUUGCAGGAAAAGUGAGACCUUUCUCAGCUCAGGGUGGGCUUUGUGAUGCAGCUCUGCAGGGUGUGUUUGAAUGAUGCUUGUGAAGGCAGCCCCGCCUGGGCUUGCUGCUCCUGGCUAUAUGGUGCCCUCCAAACCUGGCCCUGCUGUGGGUCCACAGCACCAAAUCAAAGCUGCUCUGGGAGCAGCCUGGCCUGAGGCUUUGCCUGCAGCCUCUUCCUCUUCUCAACUUCCCUGCCCCAGGGGGAUGGGGACUGGAGGCUGUUUGCCAUCCAGACUUCUCUGAGUAGCAACCACAUCUUAGGGCUUCGCCUUAGAUCUUGGCCUUUGCCUUUUCUGCGUAUACCAAUCACUGGCAUUUCUUAAUUCAGAGCCUACUUGCUGGCUGGAGCAGGAAGGUGCCUGUGUCCUCAGGGCUUGCUGCUAAGGGUCACCUCUGGCCAAGACGUGCUGUUGCUGGAGAGCACCAAGCCGUCCCAAGACACUAGUCUUCCAGCUAAAAAACAAAGCAAAUGUUUCCUUGUUUCCUUAUUUCCUUAUUCCUCAUUUCCCCUUGCUGGGGAUUUUCUCUGCAAAAUCUCCAAUAAGCCUGGAGAGAAACCCAGAGGCUGGAAGGAGGUGGAGGUGGAUAUGGGAGUUGCUGCAGCGCAGCUACUACCCCUGGCACUCUACAGCAAGUUCCUGCUCACUGCAACACCAGGAACUCUGCAGAAUGGUUUUGGCAAGCCUGCCAUGAGGAUCAGGUUGUUGGGGUUUUGGUUUUUUUUUUCUUCUCGAUCCCUUCAGCAAGGCUUCCCAGGCAUGCUGGCCACCAGGAUCGGGAGUGGUCGGAGGGCCAGGAUGCAGAUGUCCCCUGGACUGCCACUACCCUUCCUGCUCCCCAGCCCAGCUGGCAACAGAGAGGCUGCCUGCAGUUACACUCAGCUUUUUCUCCCCAAAGGUGUUUGUUCUACAUGCAGCCCAGCCUGUCUGGUCUAUGCUGGCUGUUCCCCAGGCUUUCUGCACCCUGCCUUGCUAUGGCCAAGCAAAAGCCUCUGCCUGUGAGCGUGGUCUGCUCUUUGCCUACCCAUGCUGCUGCUUUAGUGACUGGAUCUCCCCAGGAAGCACUGUGGCUGGAGCCAGUGUGGCCACCAUUUGAGCAUGGUGGCAAAGCAUCUCCCACAGCUGUGGAAAAUAUGGUACUAUUUUUAUCCCAAGGGCUUGUUUUCUCAGACAAGUUCUGCUUCAGCAGGGUGCUUCCCUGGGCAUAUGUGCCGGGCGCAGCUGCCCCCCAUGGCGGUGUGGCACCUGCUUCUGGGGAGGGUUUGGGGCUGGGACAGUGGCCCUGGGACCACCCUCCUGCCCCUUAUAGCUGGCACCCAGGUGUGGGGAACAGGGGUGGCAGCAUGGCUGUGUGUGAUGCUGGGGCGUGUGUGUGCGGAACUGGGAGUAGUGCAUGUGUGUGCUUCUGCAGUGUGUGCGUGUGUUAGUGUGCAGACAUGGGGUGUGUAUUUGUGAGUAUGCAGGGUGGCUGUGUGGGGGCAUGUGUAUGCAAAAGGUGCAUGUGCACACAGUGGGCGUGUGCAGGGCUGGGUGUGUGCAGGCUGUGCGUGCACGGGGUGCGUGUGCAGGGCUGGGUGUGAGUGUGUGCGCGCGGGGGGCAGUGGGAGCUGUGUCCGUGGCUUCCUAUAACUGGUAACACGCUCGCUCGCAGUGACACGCGCGCCCCCCCUCCCCCCCCGACC